AUGGACGAGAACCUCGCAGAUGAAAACCAAAAGUCUGCAGCCAUUACAGUUCUUACUCGCAGAGGAAGCCAGGAAUACAACCUACCAGUGGAUACAGACGAUCUUGCCGAUCGGCUAGGGUGGACCAAUCUCCAUAAGGUAGCUGCUUUGGGAGCGCGAGGUGGCCAGGAAAUAACCGAAUCUCUUCUGCGAGAAUCUGAAUACUCCGAUAUCAACACAAAGGAUGUUCUAGGCAGGACUCCGCUCCACUGGCUUGCCGAGAACGGGAAAUCGGAUGCUAUUCGCCUCAUUACCCAGGACCCAUGGAGCGCCGAUGUCCAAAUCAGAGACCUGUGUGGAUUCACGGCGCUGCACUGCGCAUGCUGGGCGGACGAUUUUGAUAGCAUCAUGGCACUGGUCGACGCAGGCAUCGACGUUAACGCCCUUGAUAAGCAUUUGCGAACACCCAUGAUGCACAUGAGUAGUCCAGAGAUACUGGAAUAUUUGUUGCGCAAGGGAGCUGAUGUGCAGAUUAGCGAUGAUGAAGCGGCGAAUAUCAUGCAUCAUGCUUGCGUGUCCGAUCAGGAAGACCUCGUGGAGAUUCUGCUGAGGGAAUACGGCCACUUCUUGCUUACCAGAAAUCAUACAGGUGACACGCCGCUCGGGCAAGCCAUCGCAAACAACAGUCUUGAGGUCUUGAAGAUCAUUGCUCCUUACCUUCAAGGCUUCCCGCCCGAGAAACUGAGCCUCUUGAACAACAAUAAGAGGAGCCUGCUCCACCUGACAGCUUUACAUGGGAGCACACAGGCAAUGGACAUCCUAGCGUCGGCAGAUCUCGGUGGCGUUGACACCGCGAUCAAAGACAAAGAUGGGCAUACUCCCAACGAGUGCUUCAUCAGAUGUCGUAACGACCACUGCGCUAUUGCCCGCAAGCCCUUUGAAUCAGAGAAACUUGCAUGGGUCUCGUUAAUGAACUCUGCACGUGGACGGAAUUUUCCACCCCAAGAUUUGACGGCACAACAAGCCGACGAUGAAUCGACGGUAAUUGCAUCUGAAGACGAGUGGAUCUAUGGGAAGAGAUCUACAACGAGUCCUGUAUUUGUUGAUCCGAGUGAUGGUGAGGCAUCAUCCGACGAUGAGUUUGUAGAUGCGGAGGAUAAGGUCCGAGAGUAA